AUGCAAUGCUGUGACGUAGAACGUGCGAGUUGGAAAUAUCGCUUUGAGAGACGCAGGCGAAAAUACACUAAGGUGUUGAAGAUCAGCUAUCUCCAACAGUUUGGCUACCUGACGACGACAGGUGGUGCCGAGUCGCAGCUGACCGCGGAAGCGAUCACGAUAGCGUUGAAGCGAUUUCAGCGAAUGUUCGGCUUACCGCAGACUGGAAUGCUGGACGAACGUACGGCAGCGUUGAUGGCCAAGCCGCGAUGUGGUGUGAAAGAUGAACCGAUAAUACGAAAGCGACGACGACGAACGCUACCGUAUCCAAGAUGGAAAUCGAACAAGUUCACUUUCUUGUGA